UCGAUCAGCAGUAUUUGUUUUCCAAGCACCACAAAACUACCAGGCGAAUGUGUGUAAUUAAGCGAGGUCAGAUUAUAAAACACAGAAAUUAAAAGGUGACUUUGUCGAAAAUCUGUUCUUAUAAGCCAGCCCAAAGCGUAAUUGAAACCCUUUUUGUACGGUCAGUUGCAAAAAUGCAGUAUUUGGUUUGUCUUGUCAUCUGUGGAAUAGUACCGAUAUACUACGCUCAGCAACCGGAAACCCUAUCGGGUCUGUUCACCAUCGAGCAACCAGGCUCGGAGAAAUGUUUCACGCUGGAUCGCGCUGCUCCGGGUAUGGAUGAUGACCGUGUGGUGUUGUCACGCUGCCGCGAGAAUCCCGAUGAUUCACAGCAGUUUACCGUGGAUGCCAUCCUGGAUGAGGAGCGCACACAGUUCUCCCUGAUAGCAUCGGAUAGCAAGUGCUUUUUUGUUGACACGCUGAAUGAACUGCGUCGUUCGGAUAGUUUGUGCGAUAAGAAUCUCAACUACUUCCUGGCACAGAGCGCCACCAGCAGCAACGCCGACUCGGUGUCGGCAGGUCGACGUGCUAUUAAGAUCAUGCAUGUUCCCAGCAACAAGUGCUUAACCGCCAACUUGGAUGCGACGCUCAAUAUGGCCGACUGCGAGCCCGGAAACGCCAGGCAAAAUUGGCGGGUGUGCCGCAGUGAUGAUGCUGAAUCGUGUUUGAGGUUUUAUGAAUUAUAAAGUGGACAACAAUUACGCAUGUGGACGGAAAUUACUCCAAUUUGAACACGAAGGAGUGAGUAUACAACUGAUUGUGAGACAUUACUCUAUCUGUAUGUUGCCACCAGCACAUACAGUACAUAUUUAUCUGCAUGCAUGCUGCACUCGGAUUGUCCUUUGCUUACGAUAGCUGCUUAAAUGAUUAUAAAAAAUGAAAUGCUGCGCAAUUUUGCUGCCGAUCUAAAACUCAUUAUCCUGUAACUCCUGUUUGACUGGACGUACUGAACGAUGUUAGCAACUGGAAGCAGAUGAUAAAAAUGACGUUUGGUUAAAAA